AUGGCGGUUCGUACGACUCGAGGAGCGUUAGGAUUCACCUCCAGUAGCUUGGCGAAGUCAUACGAGGGAAGCGUCGAGGCAGUCAACUUCUUGGUAGAGCGCGGCUUCUUAGCGGAUGACUUGGUGGCAGUGUUGUCAGCGCUAGCCUUCCGUUUAGAGGUCUUCUUGGAGGACGUCGCGGGUUUCUUGGCUGAAGACUUCGUAGACAGCGUGGCCGCGGGUGCUGCACUUGGAACGCCGAGCGCGGCUAAACAAAAUCACUACCGGACCCUGCAGGCUGACGCUCGCCUUGCCUUGGAUAAUGUCGUCAACGAGUUGAUCGAGGUGUUGGACACCCGUGGACAUGCCGUUAACCCCGAGAUGCGUGCACAGCUCGUCCCAGUGUUGCCGCUUGAGGGCAUUAGCGUCGUCGGAGGAAGGGCCCUGCUCUUCGCGAUCGAUAGCGGCGUUGAGAAAAGCGCGGAACCGCUUCAACUCGGCGGCCGUGAAUCGAGUCGUCAUGGCGGAAGCACUAGGGGCGGAGACUCCAACUGGGAAGGGACGUUGAAGUGGAACGCGAUGAAGGGAAUCAACCCUGGCCGAGUAGAUGCCAGGUGGGACAUGUGCCCUACCAGUGGACGACGGUUGGAGGUUCACUACGGGAACUGGCAGACGAUGGAGAGGUGGCUAACAUGGGCUGGAGCCGCAGAGCUAAGGGAGGUAGCAGGAACGACAAACCACUGGGCACUCGUUAGUAGUGUCGUCGCUGGCAUCAUAGUGUGGGUGGUGACCACGCCGCUGAGGAAUGUCUCGUGGGCGUUCCUAGACAGCGUCGUUGACAGCGGGAGGGCAAUCUACUUCUUCGUGUACACCUGUGGCGAUAGAUACCUCGAAGCAGCGCGGAACGGUAAUGCUUUAGCACUACCUCCUCUCGAGUGUGCGUGUUCUCUGAUCUCGUUGGCGUUCCUGAUUCCUAUCGCAGUGCUGUGA